AAAUUUGUAGCCGUCGCCUUGAUGCUUUCAAUGAAGCACUCUUUUUUCUUCGGAUUUCCUGAAAAAGAAGUCAAUUAUCCAUCAUAGUUUUAUAUAUACAGUUCUUGGCAACAUUGCAAUCGUAUUUGCAAGAUCAUGUAAGAACCUACAUAAAAUUCACAUGUAUGUAUAGUUGUUUAGAAGUAAAUAAAAUACAAUAGUCGAUUGAGAGAGAUCUCAAUUAUAUGUCAUAAAUCCCUUACUUGUUCCCUCUUCUCAUCUGCUUGUCGUUGUUUCUCAGCAAGUUCUGACGCAGUCAACUUAGGAACGUUUAGUGGGUCAAGUCGCUGAUAAAAGACAUAGAAGUACAGAUCAUGCACGUUCAGACUGCCAAUCAUCCCUGCCUAGACCAGUAACUCUGGAGCUGCUCGUGUCCGUUGAUCUACCAAAAAUUGGAGAUGACAAGAAGGAUCCUUUCCUCACUGGCUUGGACUUCCUGCCGGACGGGAGACUAGUAGCAGUGGAUAACAGUAAUAAGAAAUGUAUCAUAUUUAAUGAGCUGCUGCAGAGACAAGGAUCACCAUACACAUUUAAGUCGCCUCCCCAAAGCGUAUGUGCGUGUCAGAAUGGACUCGCUGUAACAGUAUAUAACAAGACAUUACUUCUCCUGUCCGUGAGUUCUGAUAAUGUCAUCGGUCUGAAGAGGGAAAUCAGCACAUCAUCAGAAUUCGCCUCUAUAUGUCACAAAACGCCGUCUGUCAUGGUUGUGAGUUCAUACGAUAAUCCACGGCCUGCUAGAAUGAUUACAUUGUACGGUGUUGAGUCAGACUUCGAUCAUGUUAAGUUCCCUAAGAAGACGUACGGAAUUGGAAAGAGCAAGUGCACGUAUGUCCAGUCCAAUAACACGCUGGUUCUGACUGACAGACAUGCACACACAGUGUACAUGUACGACACCGUUAAGGGAACCUCUGAAGCAGUCAUUGAUGGGAAUAUACAGAAGCCACGUGGUGCCUGCGUUGGGCCUGGUGACUCGGUGAUGGUGUGCAGUAAUAAGAAGAACUCCAUCGUGCACAUGACCGUUAAUGGUGAAAUCCUCGGCACCUACCCAGUGGAUAUAAAGAACCCGAAUUCACUGAGUAUGAAUAAGGAUGGUACCAAACUGGCCGUGUCAAACAGCGGUUCAGGCAUGAACAAACUUCAGUUGUAUAAAAUAUCACCCACUUAAGCGAGCAUGAUGCAGUGACAAGAAUUAUUCAAGUGAACUGUUUCACAAUAACACUUUUCUUCUAGUUGAUUGUGGGACAAUAAACAAUAUCUUAUUGGGCAUUUUAGUUGAGCUUUUAUACAGUUGUGCUGCGUUUAAACCAUUGUGAUGUUCCUUUAGAUCCGUUACAUGUAGAUCUAUUUGAUUACCAAUUAAACAAGCUUUACUAAAAUUCUCGUAUGGUAAAAAUUAUGAGAGUUUUAAUAGAAGUGAUAAGUUGUAUUUAUCAUUGUUUGAUUUUACAGUGUGCUGUUAGUAUCUGUUAUACGUGUAUUUACAUAUAUUUAGUAUUGUUAUUAUAUAGUUGACACAAAGAUGUAUUCUUGUACUCAAGUUAUAUGUAAUAAAUGCAUAUCGAAUCAGUUUCCAUAAAUAACAUGGCAGUCCAAGAAACCGAUCUAUUCCCAACCUAGAUAUUGUUGCCAUUGAAGUUGUAACCUUGAUUUUGAGCCAUAGUGACCUACGUAUGCUUUUCCUGCACAUUCAGAUGAUCAGUGUUUAUCAGAUUAAGUAAACGUAUGCAUGUUUAUGCACAAGUUCGUGGAGUUUGAGACUUAGCAUGGGGGGAGGGUGGGGGCAUGCGUUUACGGGAGCGUACCGUGUUUACGUGAGGUAAGUGGAGAGUUACUUCCACUAUAGAAAAAUGUUUUGUGUUUUUCGUGAAGGAGUAGCGGAUAUUUUCACCCGAUAAGCCACUUUAUAUUUAUAUGUAUUAUAAAUGAAUACGGUGCUUGCGCUUACGUAGGUUUUUUGUUUCAAGAUCGUAGACGUGGUAAUAAAAAAGUGGAAUCCAGAAUAUUAUUUAUAUGUAUGCAAUGGUAGCAACACGGUCUACUGUUCAGUUGCCAUAAAAUACGAUUAUGUAGUGAUAAUCUCAUUAAUUUUUCUGUAUGGAUAUUUGAAGAUGCGUGACAAAAUAUUGUUCAAUUUUACAUUUACAUACACAGGGCCAGGAAUGCUAGCAUUUAUGUAAUUAACAUGUUACUGGUAAUUACAUGUAUAUAUUGUUAGGGUAGAUUUUGCAUACUUUUUAUAUUUACGUUACUGAGAUUAUUUACUUUGUUUUGCUUUAACGAGGUAUUUGAUGCAUUCCCAAAUGACAUGCUUUAUUCUAGUCAGAAUAGUUUGUGAUUCUGUUGAAAAAUGUGUUAUAUACUUGCUAUACUUGAGCUAAGAAAUUCAAUUUUUGGUCACGAGAUGCCAAAGUGCGAGCUUAAUUUUGUAUUCCUCAGUCUUGCCAGCUAGGUGGGACCUCUCCAUUACCGUUUUAAAAUGUGGGGGAAGAUAGCAAGCUAUCUUGUUGGCCAUUUUCUAAAGAAACCUCCACAUUUUACUGUAUAACAUAAUUGCUUAAUCUCCUUAUGUCUUAAGUUAUAUAUAUUGGUGUAUAUAUUUAUAUAUGUUUUGAACCUUUGUUAUAUAAUAAAAACGGUCAGUCAAUGACCAUUUAACCACAG